AGAUAAACAAUUCAAAGCGCAAGUCAGAAGUACCAACAAAUUCAAACGUAAAAGCAACAAGCGCAGUUGGUCGCUAGCUUUUAGUGACGCGCUUUGGUGAAAUCGUUUAAUAUUCGUACAUAGUAUAUAAAUAACAGUUCAACACAGCAGCAACAACCACAACUGAGGACGGCGAAACAAGUUUUUUGCCAGUGUCAUUGUCGAGUUUGCAAACACACACACACACAUACACACAGAAACAAACAAAGUACAUACCGCAUACAUACAGUAGUUAUUGGAAAUCGUUAAGAUGAGGAGGAUGGCUUUCGCUACCAAAAGCGCUAUUGUUGUCGUCACCAUAUUUGCGUUGGUGAUGACGCACGGCUCCCGUAGUUUUGUGGAUGCAGGCCGUAGCCGUACCAGUACCCAGCGUAAAACAUCAUCGAACAGCAACCAGGGCCAUGUGACUCAGCCCAGUUACAGUACCAACAACAAUAACAAUGGAGGAGGCAACUCCCACGCUGAUGUUGCCAAACUGAGCUAUCCCAACUACAACUCGCAACCAAAUCGCCCCGCUAAUCCACCUGUAGGCUGGAAUGUGCCACAGGGUCCGCCACCUGCAUACUCCGCUCAUAAUCCCGCAGGCGGUGCUCGCACAAAUGUGCAUGAGCCGCCACCAUCUUAUCAUGCACCCAAUUAUGGCGCCGCACCAGGCAGCAACGUGCAUCAACCCAUCACAGCUACUCAGAAUCAUGGCCAGCAGUACUCAGGCGUGCCAGCUGGCGCCACUUACUAUCCAGCCGGUCCAGGCGGUCAUAUGCAAGGCGGCGGCUAUCAGCCACAUAAUCUUCCUGCUGGCGCUACAUAUUACCCUUCGGCCGGUCACAUGCCUGCUGGUGGCUAUAACCCAGCUGGUGGCUAUCACCCAGCUGCUGCACCGCCGCCAGGCGCCACCUAUUACCAAGCGGGCUCUGCCUUGCCACCAGGUGCCACCUAUUAUGCACAGCCACCACAGCAAUCAUCCUCUGGCUUGGGCUUUGGUACUGGUUUGAUUGCUGGUGGCCUUGGCGGUGCUUUGCUAGGCCACGCCUUAACGCCAAGCGGUGGCAGCUCCUCACAAAUGGCACCAGCACCAGCUGCAGCUGCUGGACAGGAUCGUAUUAUUAUUAUCAACAACGGCGUGCCGGUGAAUGCUAGCGAUGGCACCACAGUUAUCAAUGCUGGAGCUGGCGCUGCUGCACCUGCAGCUGCUGCCGCUGCGCCUGUAGCCGGUAUGGCUGCAGCUCCACCUGCACAGUUGGCACCUUUCUCACCUGAAAAUACACCCAUGCCUGCAGUUAAUGGCACUGAUGGCGCUGCUCAACCACCACCGCCACCUGGUGGCAUCAUUUGUGUGCCCACUAAAGUCAAUGAAACGGAUCCGGCUGAUAGCAGCAAGAUGAUUGAAGUGGAAAAGAUUGCCUGCUAUCCGGCACCACCUGCGCCUGUCGCCGCACCCGGCGAGGGACCCGCACCAUUAGCUCCCAUGGCCAACAAUCCUCCACCGCCCGCCAUGCUUCCGCCCGAUCAGGCAGCCGUGCGCUCCAACAUGGUCACCUCUGCAGGCAGCAACACCCACAGCAAUCUAUCCUUGUCUCUCAUAACUGCAUUGUUGGGCGCUCUACUGCUGCGCAUAACAACGGCAGGCAAUUAGAAUGUUACCCCAUAUACGCUUUCAAUUUAUCUAAUGCACUGUUUAUUAGACUCACCCCAGCCGCAAACUAGUAGCAAGCCCACAAUAAUCCGCAGCCCACACACAUACACCACACAAAGCCUCUAGGGUAUCGCCCGUAAUAUUUUGUUGUUAUGCAUAUUGCAUUGUUUUCUCGUAUUGUAUCCCCCCACACUAUUGUAGUCGUAUUAUGUGUCUUUCAAUCAUCUAUUACUGCUACUGUUAUUAACGAUGGCCUUCGCCCCUGUGAUGACGAGAGAUGGCAGCAACACUCCAAUGAUAAUUCUAUGCUAAGCUGAACAAAAUGGGGAAUUAUUAAACUGCGAAUCUCGUAGAAUGUUAAUUGUUAUAAGGAAUCUGGAACUGGGAAUCUCAUGCGACCUUUUUAUAUCGCAUUCCUUUGUAUUUUUUGAAAGACAUUUCUCAGUGUAUGUACAUGUAUUAAUCGUUACAUAACUACUAUAUACAUAUUUUUAUAGACAUUGUUAUUGUUUAAUAAUUAACGCCUUGUUAGAUUAGUACAAAGCUUUUUUCCACAACAAUUCGGCAGCUAACACUUCUUUUUUUUUAUACAUAUUUGUAAAUUUUACCUUUUAUCAAUUUGUCAAUAAACGCUUAAAUACAUCACGCCGCACACAAGUCUGAAUUGUGUUUCUUCUCUCAAAUCAAUAGUGCAAUCAACGGCUUAGCCGAAUUAGAAAGCAUUUCUUCUUAUAAGCACAGACACAAGACUAGCUCUCACCAAGUCUAAUCAUAUUUCUUUGAACGAAGCCAAGCUAUGAAAUAUCUACGAGGGACGGACUCAACAACUUGGGAGUACUCUGCUAUCAACAUAUGAAGACCAUCGCCAUGAACACAUAUUCGAUGCUCGGAUCAAUUCAUUUUGGAAUGGAUUAGCUCUCUAACAACUUAUUUUCAGUUAAAAUACGCAAUGGUAGUUUAUUUUUAUGAGAGGAAUUCUAGUAUUGCUGUCUUUAUCUUCCAUGUGGAACAACCCAACAGUCUUAGUUGUCCCUUUAGGAACAAAUUAUUCUUGACAAUAAAAUUUAGUUUCAACAAAUUUAAAGCUUACAAAACUUUAUUAACUUUCAUCUUGGCAAACCGCGUAUGUUUCUUUUACAGUUUGUGUGUGAUUUAUUUUUUACUCGGCAUCAUCGUCCUCAUCAUCGUUGGAGCUGAUUCUGAAGUAAC